AUGGUUGAUGGAAAGGUGAGAUUCAAACGGCAAGGUGGGAGAACUAUGAAGAAAAAGAUUGAAAACAUCAGAGAGGUAGAGCAGUACGAUGUUGUGGUCAAUUGUACAGGUAUUGGAGCAAGAUCAUUGGUCAAUGACGCUGAAGUUCAGCCAAUCAGAGGUCAGGUUAUACGAGUGCAUGCACAUUGGAUCAAACACUUUGCAAUCACAGCUGAUGCAGGACAUUCAUCAUAUGUGAUACCUUGUGCCAAUAAUGUACUUCUUGGUGGAACUACACAAGUCGGUAACUGGAAUCUCAAGAUUGAUGAGAAUGACAAGAAGAAGAUAUGGGAAGGAUGUUGUAAAAUGUACCCAAGUUUAAAGCAUGCAAAAUUAGACUAUGACUGGGUGGGUUUGAGACCUUCGAGAACUAGUGUCCGACUAGAGAAAGAAAUCAUGAAUAUUAAUGGUAGAGAAAUUAAGGUUGUUCAUAACUACGGGCAUGGUGGAAGUGGUGUUACAUUUCAUUGGGGCUGUGCUCAGGAUACCACUACACUUGUAUCUCAACUAUUAGGUGUGAAGACCAGAAGAACACCAACCGCUAAACUAUAG